AUGCGUAUCUUCUCUGCGUUGAGCGGCCUCCUCCUGGCCGGUGCCGCCUUUGCCCAGAACUCGAGCUGCUCGCCCAAGUCGGGCGAUGUUCAAGUCGUCCAAUUCGGCUGGGCUCUGCAGUAUCUCGCCGAAAGAUACUACUCGGCGCAGCCGCUGAACCAGACCUUCCUGAACAGCGUCACCAACAGCUCGCGCGCCAACUACCAGAGCAACUUCCAAGGCAUCCAGCGACAGAACCGCCUGGGCGUCCGCGCCGUCCAGCAGCUGGGAUCCCAGGUCUCCGGCUUUAGUGCGCCCCGGUGCAACUACACCUUCCCGUCCGCGUCGGACGGCGAGACCUGGGUGAAGAACGCGCUCAAGUUGGAGCAGAGCAUCACCGGCGCCUUGAUCGGCCUGUCCGGCUACACUCAGUCGCCCGAGGUUUCCUUCCUGCUGGCGCGUCUGUCGGCCGAGCACAGCGGCCACGCCUACUAUAUCGCCAGCCAGCAGCAGGGCACCGUCUUCCCGACCAACAGCUCCUCGUUGGUCCCUGCGUACACUCCGGACUGGGUCCUGCAGAAUGGAACCCAGCCCGGAAAGUUGGGCUCGUACCUCAAGAACUGCGUCUCGCCUCCCUCGUCGCCGUGCGGUGAGAAGCUGAACAUCGGACCUCUGAUCGGCACUUUCGGAUCGAACUCGACUACUAACAGCACCACCAACUCCACUGCCUCUGCCUCGCCUUCGGCUGGGCUUUUCGCAAAGGUGUUCUAG